AUGCGUUUCGAUCCGGUCGGCCUGUCGCUUCCCAAUCAUUACCCGAUCGCUCGCUCUGCCAUUCCCAUCGGGCGUACUGCUCCGUUCGCGCAGUAUUCCUGCGAAUUCCGUUCCGCAAAUCCCGCUGCUUCUCGCAACGUCCUUUCGCAGUGCAAUCGACCACGCUGCCUACUCAUUCGCCGUUUUCCGCGCUCCCGCAAUCAGAUAACCAUGAGCGCUGACGUGGCGCAGACGGCUGACGUGGCAGAACCCGCUGAUUGGCGGGUGCUGAUCACGUUCGACGUGGACGGCACGCUGAUCCACUCCGUCGGCUCUGAAUCCAAUAAAUUACAUAAGCGCGCGUUCGCGCAUGCGAUGAAGAAGGUGUUCGGCAUCCAAGGCACCAUAGACGCGAUUCAGCACCACGGCAGCACGGACCAGGCAGUGCUGAUCAACACGCUCGAGUUCUACGGCAUUCCCAGACACGUGACGGGCAACCUGGAGGCGAUAGCAUGGCUCAAGAUGGCAGGGCUGGAGGUGGCUUCGCUCUUCACCGCGCCACGCAUUGGAGGGUUCGGGAGCGACCACAUGGAUCGGGGAGAGCUGGUUCGGAUAGCAAGGCAGCGAGCAGAGGAGAGAAUUGCGGGGCCACCCUUUCGCCUGCAUGCACAUGUCGGGGACACA